UCCAUGGUUGUCUCUCCUCUCUCCGACUAACUUAGCGCUUGGCUCAGUUCAUUAUACAGUCCUAUAUUCUCCCUCCAUUAGGGCAUCUCUGCCUUUGGACUGAAGAUCCCAGCGAAACCCAGGAGAGAAAAGUUUCACUUGCACGGGGCGAGAUGGACAUGAACAAGAGGAUCCACUUGGAGCUAAGAAACAGGACACCGUCUGAUGUACGAGAACUCGUCCUCGACAAUUGUCGAUCACCUGAAGGAAAAAUCGAGGGCCUCACAUCCGAGUUUGUCAACCUGGAGUUCCUCAGUUUGAUAAAUGUCGGCUUAAUGUCAGUGUCCAACCUGCCUAAACUAGGAAAACUCAAAAAGCUGGAGUUGAGCGACAACAGAAUCAGCGGCGGCCUCGAUGUUUUAGCAGAGAAACUACCCAACCUCACACAUCUAAACCUGAGCGGCAACAAAUUGAAAGACAUCAGCACAUUGGAACCAUUGAAAAAACUGGCCAACCUGAAGAGUUUGGACCUGUUCAACUGUGAAGUGACAAACCUGAACGACUACAGAGACAGCGUGUUCAAGCUGCUGCCUCAGCUCACCUACCUGGAUGGGUACGACAUGGAGGACAGGGAAGCCUCUGACUCUGACGGAGAGGUUGACGGUGAUGGCGUAGAUGAUGAUGAAGAUGAAGAGGGAGAAGAGGAGGAAGAUGAGGAUGGAGAGGAGGAGGACUUUGAUGAGGAAGAAGAUGAGGAGGAAGAUGAAGAGGAGGUAGAAGGAGAAGAGGAUGAUGAGGAGGUCAGCGGCGAAGAUGAGGAGGAAGACCUCCCUCAGGAUGGAGAAGUAGAUGAUGAUGAGGACGAUGAUGAUGACGAUGAAGACGAAGCAGAGGCUGCCAAAGGUGAGAAGAGAAAGCGAGACCCAGAGGACGAGGACGAUGACGACGAUGACGAGGACGACGAUUAAGACGAGCAAAGCUGAAAACAAGAGCCUACCGAGUUACCCUUCCUCCCUCACAAACCCGAACGUCCGCCCUCUUACAACUCGCACCGCCUUUGUAAUCCACGUCUACCCCCUCCUCCCCCAGCUCUGAGCUCUUUUAAUGGGGCAAGACUGUACCGGAUGGGUGGGCCGAGUGGAGCUGCCCCACCCUCAACCUCCUUCUCCUCUGUCUUUUUUCUUCUUUUUUUUUUUUGCCUCCCCAAAUGGAACUGAGAGCCACCCAACACCCUCCACCUCACCCGCCCCAUGGCCCCCAGAGGUUCUCAGGCAGCCCACCACUCAGCAUUCCACAAUUUCACUGUCGAUCCCUCUUUAUGUAUUCCCGUGUGAGAACUUUGGGACUGGUAUCUAGUUUUGGGUCUGUGCUUUUAAUAUUUUGUUGGAUGAAUUAUUUUUUUUGUUGUUGGGUUCAUUAUUUCUCAUUUUUUUUGUCUUUUAUUAUUAUUUUUUCUGUUCCUUAUUUUUCCCAAUAAAAUUAUUGCUAUAGCAGCUGUGCAACCAGCGAGCCAUGAUUUUUAGUGUGGCCGCCUGUUGCACAAAUCAAGGUUGUAGCUACAUUUUUACUUUCUGUAUGACAAAAAAAACAACUUUGUAAAUAAAAUGUUAACAUUU